AUGCUCGUCCACGUGCCUCAGGUCGAGGUCAACCAAAUCCUCGACUCUCUUCUAGAAGGGGAACUUGAUUUCCCUACUCUGGUGCCACGGCGAUCGGAAACCACGACCCUCAAGGCCACCCUCGACGACUCCAUGGAAAUGGAUGCACCAAGGACCCGACCCUCCGCUGGCCCAGGCCCAACCUUCAACCCCAUCAGCUCUGAUGCCGAGGUCGAACUCCCCGCUGGAUCCAAGACUAACCUGGAGCGUACAACCGCGAAAAUCCUCCCUCUGCAACAAGAAGGCAUCAAAUGGAUGCCAGGUCUAUCAGGCAUCUUCGACGGCCUGAAGAGCCUCCCAAUUGGCGAGGCUCGCCUCCUAGAAACCGGCAAAACUAGGUUUGACAACCUACCCGUUAUCCGCAUCGGGCUCCGAUAUGUUCCCAAGGUAGGGGUGCAGGAUUUCCGCACCGUGACGGUGACCAACUUUUCGCCUUCAACGACUCUGGCCGAGGUCCUUCGGUACGUGCGAGGCGGAGAAGUGCUGACGGCCACCAUGUGUGACACUAAGGCCAUCACUGGUUCCAGCACUGCCCUCGUGACCUUCUCAACCGCGAAGGGCGCAGCUGAGUUUGUUCGGACUGCGGAGGAGGUCGGAUUUUUUAUUGGCUUCCACCAGGCGCAUGUCGCCAUGGUGGACCAGCCCACCUAUCCGACUCGCCGUAUCUUGCAGGACCGCAUCGACACGCGCGGCCGAACUCGUGCCUUGACCGUCUUCAACAACGAUGGACGGACCAAGAUGGUUGUUCAUGAAGCCCUGUCGAAGUCUCUCGUCGCCGGCCAUAUUGAGGGGUUCAAGGACCAUCCAGUCCAGAAACAAGUCACCGUGCUGUUUUACUCCGUUGACAUGGCGAUGAAAGCCUUCAAGAUCCUGUACGAGAGCCCAAAUAUCACCAAAGUCUGGUUCGGGUGCGAUCCAUGCGGCAGACACUUCGUCGAGAAGGAGGCCAAGGAGACCGGAGGAACCGAGCAAGCCAACGUAACCCUCCUUCACAAGUAA